AUGCCGUCCUUGUCCAACGACUCAUACCCAUCGGCAACGGCAACAACAACGGCCACAGCAACGGCCACCCAUCCUCUUUCGUUUGAUUCGCCUCGCAAGUCCCACGACAAAUCCUCCGUAGGCAACACCUUCUUAUGGACCAACUGGCCUCACCCACCCACGGGCGACGCGACCCACGAUACCCACCAGAAUGAUCGGCAAUUGCUCACGAACCUGAAGAACGGCAGUGCCUACUCCCUGAAUGGCCGAUCGAGCGUCAGUUCCUAUACACGCGAGAUGCCGCACUCCAAGGACGGCAGCAUGCAUUCGCUAGGCAACGGGUCCGCCAGAGACCCCCGGGAUGCUGGCCGGCCAUCUGCUAUGCUGGACCGGAAGUCAUCGGACGCUGGACCUGGAGCAGGCUCCAUGACAGCGUCGAUGUCGAGUCAACCGGUCAAUGGCACAGCUGCCAACGGCCACCGUUACUCAGUCCAGGGGAAACCAAUGGUCAAUGGCGACAUUCCACGUCCCUCCGCCGACGAACCUUCCAUUUCAGAUCGGGCGACCAGCCCCUCGACCUCAUUAUUACAGAUCCCCGCCGAAGACUCAGGGCGUCUCUCCCCUGACCCGGAUCGGUUGACCCCGGGCCCGCGACCUAGUCACCGUUACUCCUCCCCUCCCGUACCUGUACCGUCCAUGAUUGACACCGCCUCUGUACAAGAAUCGCAACAGUCCAGCAUGCGACACCGGCACUCGCUCCAGGUUCCGCGCACCCCGAGUAUUCGUCGGAAUAGCCGAGAUCAGAAUGACGAUACUGCCUUCAGUAGUGGUCGAUUGUCCCCUACAGUAGGCGGAAAUCGACGCACAUCACUCGGCCUGAUUCGCCGAGCCACCAAGUCACAAUCAGAUCCGCCUUUCGACGAGACGCCGCAAGACGAGGAUGCCGCCCGGUGGGCGGAAGCAAUCAAACAAAAGCGUGCCUCGAGGCGGCGGCGCGAAGACGAUGACGACGAACGAGUCAUUGUGGGCACCAAGGUCGACCAGAAUCACGUCAACUACGUUACGGCGUACAACAUGUUAACUGGAAUUCGUUUCACGGUGUCGCGCAUCAACGCAAAGAUGGACCGGGAACUUACUCCGGCGGACUUUGACGCCAAGCACAAGUUCUCCUUUGAUAUAACCGGAAACGAAUUGAUUCCGUCGGCCAAAUACGACUUCAAAUUUAAAGACUACGCCCCCUGGGUCUUCCGAAGACUGCGAGCCAAGUUUCGCCUUGAUCCUGCUGACUAUCUGAUGUCCCUCACCAGCAAAUAUAUCCUGUCCGAAUUGGGAUCGCCGGGUAAAAGCGGGAGUUUCUUCUACUUCUCGCGCGAUUACAAGUACAUCAUCAAAACCAUCCAUCACGCCGAACAUAAGCUCCUCCGCAAGAUACUGCCAGAGUACUACCGACAUGUGGAAAAGAACCCCAAUACUUUGAUUUCGCAGUUCUAUGGUUUGCACCGUGUCAAGAUGGCAUACGGUCGUAAGAUCCAUUUUGUGGUGAUGAACAACUUGUUUCCUCCCCACCGAGAUAUCCACCAAACAUUUGAUCUGAAGGGCUCAACGAUUGGCCGAGAUCUACAGGAAUCAGACCUUGAGCGGAAUCCGCGUGCGACGAUGAAGGACUUGAACUGGGUUCGAAGAAAUCGCUACCUACAAUGUGGACCCACGAAGCGAGAUUUCUUCAUCGAGCAGCUGAAACGGGAUGUGGAAUUGCUCAAAAGGCUGAAAAUCAUGGAUUAUUCUUUGCUGGUAGGAAUCCAUGACGCUGAACGAGGCAACGAAGAGAAGUUGCGGGACAAAACCCUACAAGUCUUCCAGCCUGGUGGUGAUCGUGAGGAGGAUUCCAGUCCAAAUAUGCUGAUGCGAACACCCUCCAAACUGGAGAAUGAGCGCAAAGCCCGGGAGCUUCGCAUGCUGAUCAAACGCGAGCGGCCUGUGCCCUUGGAUAAGGCGGCUGCGAAAAUGCCGGAUGAAAUCCUGGACGAGCGAAAAUACCACGUCUUCUAUGCCGAUGAUGGAGGCUUCCGAGCUACUCAUGAAAAUGGGCAGCCCGGUGAAGAAAUCUAUUAUUUGGGUAUCAUUGACUGUCUGACUCAUUACGGAACCGUCAAGAAGUUCGAAAACUUCUUCAAGGGACUGUCCCAUGACCGGACUCAGAUCUCCCCGAUUCCGCCAGAGGGAUACGGGGAUCGUUUCAUUAAUUUCGUCAAGGGAAUCACUAUGUCCAAAGAAGAGGCGGAGCGCCGACGAGAAUCGCAAGUCUCGACUCGCCAAUCAGGAGAGAAUAGGCAAUCGCGCUCAUCUUCUGUGGAGCGAACCAUGCAGGUAGCCGAGAAGGAGGCGUCGAAGGAUGUAUCUGUUACACAUCCUCGAACCUUGGCCACUGUGUGGGACCCUGCAGAUGCUGCGGGUCCCGGACCAACCUCGACACUUCCUAUUGUGGAUGAGGCAGGUGAGGCUAGCAGCGUGGGUGGCCACAGCUCACACAGUCGACAUGGUCGUCCUGCAACUGACAAGGAACUUCCUCCCGCUCCGCUGGAUGGGCCCCCAGUGCCCCCUAGCAAAGGAAAGGAAGUUGACCGAAGAGAAAGACCGAUUGCCAGUCCAGACCGGCGGUAG